CCAACAAGACUUCCAGCCUGUUAUCCAUUGAGAUUACUACCUACAAUAAGCUGAGCAGCAAGAGACCCAGGAGAACAGAUGUCUUAUUAAUAAGUUCCUUAUCGAGCAAUGAAGAUGCUAAAGCAAUGGCUACAUUACCUGCUGCUACAUUGUGCUACUUUGCACCUCCUUGUUCAAGUAGGUGGUAAGCCAUUAUCACACUUGCCUGCGCGUUCCACUCCUCAUUUAGAAGGAAAUCAGACAACAAAGGACUUGGACGAUGUGGAAUUGAAAUAUGAAAAAACAUUUAAUAAAUCUGCAAUCAAAACCACAAAACCAUUGAAGACAUCUAAGCUGAAGACUCCGAAUGUAAGAAGCAGUGACAAGGAGGAAGAUGGUCAUGUGCCUAUGUUUGUCCAAGACAGUUACAAUACUUCCAUUCUAGAGACGAGUGUAUUAAAUACUACAGUACUACAAGUAGAGGCCACAGACAAUACAUCUCUCAUUAACUAUAGUCUUUUGGGCCCACACCAUGAUUAUUUCCACAUGAAUCCACUGAAUGGAGUGAUAACAUUGUCCAAAAUUUUGGAAUUCAACAGGAUUAACAGAUACAAGCUUAGUGCUGUUGCUAAGGACUCAAUGGGCCUUUCCAGCAUGGUACCAGUGCUUAUAGAUGUACAAGAUGUGGACACCAUGGAUCCUCGUUUUAUUUUUCCGAUGUAUGAAGGCUCAAUUCCAGAAAAUCAGAAAGGCAACUUAUCUACAUACCCAGAGGCAAUAAGAGCUAUUGAUGGUGACCUCGGUAUAAAUGAGACUGUAUAUUACUCUAUAAGCAGAGUGCACCCUGCUGAAUUUAGGGAUUUUUUUUCAAUCGACAGUUUAAAUGGAGUUAUUUCUAUUAAUAAGGAAAUGGACAGAGAAAAUGUCAGUCUCCUGGCUGUGAACGUUAAGGCGACUCAACAAAAUAAUGAUCUUAAAAGUGCAGAUUGUGUGGUGAUGAUCGUCAUCCUGGAUGAAAACGACAACGCUCCACAGUUUUCACAAUCCAUCUAUGAGGCGGAUUUUCCUGAAAACUCACCAUUUGGAUCAAUGGUUCUUGUUCUCACAGCCACUGACAAGGACGAGGAUGGACUGUCCAAUGGAUAUUUCCAAACUAAUGAUACCAUGUUUUCUGUGGACAAUAAUGGGAUAAUGUAUCUUAAUAAUAGCGAUCUUGAUAGAGAAUUAACACCAAAACUAUAUGUCCAGGUCUGGGUGUUUGAUGCAGUGUCGGGUGGCCUGAAUUCCAGUGCAGAGGUCAUCAUAAACGUUACUGAUGUCAAUGAUAAUAAUCCAGAGUUUCAGAACCUGCCUCUCCACUAUAUCAUACCUGAAGGGGACUACACUGGCCCCAAACCCUUUCUAGUGGCUAGGUUAAAUGUAACCGACUUGGAUGCAGGAUUAAAUGGAAUGGUUACAGUUACUUCCGAUGCUGAAACCACAGACAAGAGGUUCAAAUUGCAAAAAAAUGGGAAUAUUUAUGUUCAUGGAGCACUGGAUAGAGAGGCUAAGGACAAAUACAUACUGACCUUAAUAGCAUCUGAUGAAGGAAAUCCACCAAGACAGAGCUUUGCAAAUGCGGUGAUUUUCAUAAAGGACAUUAAUGACAAUGCCCCAACUUUUGCAAAAAAAGAAUAUUCUGUGGAUCUGACCCUAAAUAAAGUAAAAGCAGGAGAUACAGUUCUAUCAGUAUGCGCUACUGACCUGGACACUGGGAACAAUUCAUUUAUUUCUUACAGCUUUGCACAGCCACAUAGAGGACUUGCCAUUAAUGAAGAAAAUGGAGACAUCUUUUUAACAAGUAAUGCAUCUGCUAUUAGUAUGGAAACCAGUAUUGUUAUACCUGUGAUUGCAACCGAUCAUGGUGUCCCGGCUCUGUCUUCUACUGUUACUGUAAUCAUCAAUCUUUCAGAAGGCCAAACAAAGUUUGUGAAUUCCAACUAUAGUUUCAGUCUUCUCGAAGGGAUGCCAGAAGGCAGUGAUGUUGGCACUGUUAAAGUCACUGCAGGAGUAGAUGUGUCAGUAAUGUAUUUUCUUAAGACAUAUGCAACAGUAUUCUCCAUUACAGAGAAAGGUACAAUUAUUACACGUGUCAUAUUAGAUCGAGAGGAACAAGACAGUUAUAAUGUUCUUGUGAUGGCUGUGGACAAGCAGGAUUCUCCUAAUACAGCAGCUGUAGUGGUCACCAUCACUGUUUUGGAUGUGAAUGAUAAUGCACCAAUCUUCUCACCAGUCAUAAACCCAAAUGUCACAUGUCUGGAAAAUGAGAAUUUCAAGGAUUUGGCUGCCAUUGUCGCUACUGAUCUGGACAUUGGAAACAACAGUGCCAUAAUAUAUUCCUUGGAAAAUGACUUUAAUGGCACCUUCUAUAUUAACAGCUCUAGUGGCCACUUAAUGAAUAUCAAGCCAUUAGACCAUGAAAAAACUGAUAGAUAUGACCUGAAAGUAAUAGCUCAAGAUUCUGGGAUCCCACCACUGUCUUCCACCAUAAUAAUUCAUGUUACUGUUCAGGACGUUGAUGAUAAUGAUCCGAUCUUUGAAACCAAUUCAUACAACAUUACAGUAAAAGAGAAUGAACCUCCUCAAGUGAUAUUAAAUGUUUCGGCUGUGGAUUUAGACACUGGGUCCAAUGCUAUCAUUUUCUAUUCCUUCACUGAAGUUUCUGACUUGUUUUACAUUGGAAAAGAGUCUGGUAGUAUCUCCAACCUGAAGCCUUUAGACUUUGAGGAAGCAACCAAGCAUGUGCUGUCAGUGAUUGCUUACAGCCCAAACAGCAAUCAGUCCCAGAGCACUGUCACUGUCAUAGUGCAAGUAGAAGAUGUCAAUGAAGAAGGGCCUACGGUAGAAUAUCCAGUAUACCAUACAGUAAUAUGGGACAGUGAAUAUGCAACAGGAAGUAUGAUUCUCGACAUAAAUGCAAAAAAAGGAAAUAAUGCUAUGGAUGAAGGAAUCCACUAUUCUAUUUCAGAUGACAACAAAGAGAAGCUUUUUUCAAUAGCAAAUGGCACUGGCCACAUCUUUUUAACAAAAGACCUUCCACAGCACAGUGUCCCUGAGUACUCUGUCCUCACAGUCACUUGCACAGACAGCGGGACGCCGUCUCAAUCAACAUCUGUCAAGGUAUAUGUGGUUAUAUCACCACAUGAUAUCACCACUCCGGUUUUCUCAGCAGAAUAUUAUAAUCCUGAACCACUCAAUAACUGGACCGAUCCUCAUACGUAUUUAAUACAGGUCAAAGCAUUUUAUUUAGAGUCAACAGUACUAUACAGUAUAGAAGAAAAGGAGAAUAAAGAUUAUUUUGACAUGGAUCCACUGUCUGGAAUAAUGAGAACUAAGAAAGCUUUAAAGAUAGAAGACUUUCCUAGUAAUGUGACUGUGAAAGCAACAGAUUCGCACCGUUCCCGGAUAUACAGUGAAACUAUUGUAAACGUAACUGUUAUCAACAGUAACCAAUAUGCGCCUGUCUUCUCCAAUUCUUCGGAAAAAGUGACAUUAAAAGAGGAGGAGAGCGUUCCUACAUUCAUUGUUCAAGUGCAGGCUACAGAUAAGGAUCCAGGGAGAAAUGGUCUCAUCAGAUAUUCUUUACUGAACAAUUACUCCGAUUCAUUUACUAUAGAUGCCACAAAUGGAAAGGUCUUUGCAGCUACAUCCUUUGAUUUUGAAACUGGUCCCCAUGAAUUCCAGAUUUUCAUCUGUGCGGAGGAUGAUGGGAUUCCACAGAAAAAGCAAGACUACCUUACUCUCAUUGUUCAAGUCCUGGAUAUUAAUGACUGGGCACCAGUUUUUCUACCACAUGCCUCUAUAUAUGUUGAAGAAAAUACACCAGUUGGCACAGUCAUUGGCCAAGUCGCAGCAACUGAUGAAGAUAGUGGAGACAAUGCUUUCAUACUCUACAGUCUGCUUGAUGAUGAUGACCAGUUUGAUAUAGAUGGGCUGCUAGGGAACAUUUUUGUGAAGCGUCCUCUUGACCAUGAACUUAAAGUAGAGUCAAUACUGACUGUAACAGCCAGUAAUAACAAGACAGAGCCCUUCUACCAGGCUACAACUCAUCUUACUGUUCACAUACUGGAUGACAAUAAUAACGCCCCACAAUUUACCAAGAAAAACUACUUUGCUGAAGUAGAUGUGGACAGUCCAGUUGGAUCAUUUGUGAUAGCUGUAGCAGCGACAGACAGAGAUGAGGGCAGUAAUGGAGUUGUCGAGUAUUCCCUGUUACCUGACUUGUCAUCCACCUUCUUCCUGUUUGAAAAUCAAAGUGAUGGAAAAAUAAUUACUGCUACCAACCUUCUGCAGCCUGGCAAAGUCAAUCUAACAGUGGUCGCCAAAGACAGAGGGGUCCCUCCUCUUAGUAGCAUGACCACAGUCAUUGUCAAUUUGGUAUAUAAGAAGAAAGAUUUGCCACAAUUUAGCACUAAUGAAGUAAGCACCACUCUUAGGGAAGAUAAACCUGAAGAUGAACCGGUUUUUACAUUUUCUGCUAAGAAUGCUGAAGGCGUCACAUACAGAAUUGUUGCUGGUAAUGAGGGAGGUCAGUUUUAUUUGGAUGAGAAAACUGGAGAGCUAUGGACAACUGAAAAAUUCAGUGAUGACCAGCCAUCAUAUAAUGUCACUGUGGAGGCAGUUACACCACCAGAUACCAAAGGUCCACUGCCUCCUAAUAUGCUUGAAUUACAAAUCGUUGUACCAGAGUUCAAAGACGGUCCAGUGUUUGAGAAAGAAUCCUACAGCACUACAAUUAUAAAUACAUUGCCGUCUGGAUUCCCUGUUCUUAAAGUCACGGCCAGAAAUCAAGGUCCUAUGCCAAAGCCAGCACUUACCUACAGAUUGGUGAAUCAAUCCGGGAACGAGUUUGCUAUUGAUAAACACACAGGACUGAUUGUAGUUGCCAACGUGACAGAAAAAAAUGGACUUUUUCGCUUAAAAGCGCAAGUUACAGACAAAAAUGGACUAUCCGCCCAAACUGUGGUUCAGAUAUUAGUUGAAUCUCCAUCUUCACAUGAUGUUGCAGAGAUUGAAAUAAAUGUGACUGUAGAAGAGGUUAAGCACUUUGUUCCAGAAAUCAUCAGGGUCUUGGAGGAUCUACUGCAGAACAAAGUUACAAACAUCAGCGUGGAUUCAGAUCCCAAAGAUGAGCAAGAUACCGAAAUUAAGUUUGAAGCUGCCGGUGAGAGUUACCAAGACACUAUCAGAAAGCUGACCGACAACAAAUCCACACUUCAAAUCCAGCUGGGUUCAAUAUUUGGAAAACCUGUGGUUAUUGCUAUACCGCAGCCCCAUACCUUUGGCCUAAGUACAGGAAGUGUAGCUGGCAUUGCGGCCAUAAGUGCCAUCCUGUUUAUUUUCAUUGCUUCUUCAGCAUUUUAUGUGAUAAGGAACAAUGUCCAAAAGCACUCUAAAAAACCAAGUAGUGAAUCCACUAAUGAGCUACAUUCUGCAAGUGGUGAUGAUGGUCCCUCAAGCAAUGGUCUGAAAAAAGAUAAUGGGAAAACUUUUCGAAAGGGCCCCAAAAAAACAAGAAGAAAAUCCACUGAUGAGAUACAUUCUACAAGUAGUGACGAUGAAUCCUCAAGUCAUGGUCUGAAAAAAAAUAAUGGGAAAACUAUCCAAAAGAGAUCCAAAAAAACAAGCAGUGAAUCCAUAGAUAAGAUGGAUUUUGCACGUGUCGUCAAUGGAUCCUCAAGCGAUGUUCUGAAAAAAGAUAAUGGCACAGUUUCUACUAUAAAGGAAAAGGAGGAUGUGCAGACAGGAGAUGCAACUGUACACACCGAGAAGCCAGACAGCACAGUUUCUGUAAAAACAGAAAAGGAGGAUGUGCAGACAGGAGAUGGAACUCUACACACUGAGAGGCCAGACAGCACAGUUUCUGUAAAAACAGAAAAGGAGGAUGUGCAGACAGGAGAUGGAACUCUACACACUGAGAGGCCAGACAGCACAGUUUCUGUAAAAACAGAAAAGGAGGAUGUGCAGACAGGAGAUGGAACUCUACACACUGAGAGGCCAGACAGCACAGUUUCUGUAAAAACAGAAAAGGAGGAUGUGCAGACAGGAGAUGGAACUCUACACACUGAGAGGCCAGACAGCACAGUUUCUGUAAAAACAGAAAAGGAGGAUGUGCAGACAGGAGAUGGAACUCUACACACUGAGAGGCCAGACAGCACAGUUUCUGUAAAAACAGAAAAGGAGGAUGUGCAGACAGGAGAUGGAACUCUACACACUGAGAGGCCAGACAGCACAGUUUCUGUAAAAACAGAAAAGGAGGAUGUGCAGACAGGAGAUGGAACUCUACACACUGAGAGGCCAGACAGCACAGUUUCUGUAAAAACAGAAAAGGAGGAUGUGCAGACAGGAGAUGGAACUCUACACACUGAGAGGCCAGACAGCACAGUUUCUGUAAAAACAGAAAAGGAGGAUGUGCAGACAGGAGAUGGAACUCUACACACUGAGAGGCCAGACAGCACAGUUUCUGUAAAAACAGAAAAGGAGGAUGUGCAGACAGGAGAUGGAACUCUACACACUGAGAGGCCAGACAGCACAGUUUCUGUAAAAACAGAAAAGGAGGAUGUGCAGACAGGAGAUGGAACUCUACACACUGAGAGGCCAGACAGCACAGUUUCUGUAAAAACAGAAAAGGAGGAUGUGCAGACAGGAGAUGGAACUCUACACACUGAGAGGCCAGACAGCACAGUUUCUGUAAAAACAGAAAAGGAGGAUGUGCAGACAGGAGAUGGAACUCUACACACUGAGAGGCCAGACAGCACAGUUUCUGUAAAAACAGAAAAGGAGGAUGUGCAGACAGGAGAUGGAACUCUACACACUGAGAGGCCAGACAGCACAGUUUCUGUAAAAACAGAAAAGGAGGAUGUGCAGACAGGAGAUGGAACUCUACACACUGAGAGGCCAGACAGCACAGUUUCUGUAAAAACAGAAAAGGAGGAUGUGCAGACAGGAGAUGGAACUCUACACACUGAGAGGCCAGACAGCACAGUUUCUGUAAAAACAGAAAAGGAGGAUGUGCAGACAGGAGAUGGAACUCUACACACUGAGAGGCCAGACAGCACAGUUUCUGUAAAAACAGAAAAGGAGGAUGUGCAGACAGGAGAUGGAACUCUACACACUGAGAGGCCAGACAGCACAGUUUCUGCAAAAACAGAAAAGGAGGAUGUGCAGACAGGAGAUGGAACUCUACACACUGAGAGGCCAGACAGCACAAUUUCUACAAAAAAGGAAAAGGAGGAUGUGCAGACAGGAGCGGCAACUCUACAGACUGAGAAGCCAGGCAGUAUGGAGGAAGUAACAAUAUUGGAAGAAGAAACAGAAGUUCAACAGUUCAGGAUAACCCAGGAGAAACAAUUAGAAGAUGUGGAAACGCCUGAACCCCAUGAGAUUACUGAAGUCUCUAACAUGGAGACUACGAAAACAAAGCAGGAAAUGGAUCAAUCUCCUGACAUCGUUCAAGAAAGUGAGCAACCAGAUAGUAAAGAACAUGAGAAGAAAACACGUGGUGCCACUUUUUUGGAGGAGGAAGAUAAGACAUCAAAAAUUGCUACUCAUCAAGAUGGAGGAGCUAGCUCUUCGGAAAGUGAGAGUGAUACACAUGGAGAUAUUGCUAGAGAGAAGCACAAGAGGAAAGGUUUUCCAAAGAGCAAAACAAGAAGUAAAUCCACUGAAGAGAUGCAUACUGCACAUGGCGUUGAAGAGUCUUCAAGUAAUGUUCUGGAAGAAGAUAAUAUGGAUAAGACAUCAAAACUUGCUGCUCAUCAAGAUGGAGGAGAUAGCUCUUCUGAAAGUGAGAGUGAAACACAUGGAGAUAUUGCUAGAGAGAAGCACAAGAGGAAAGGUUCUCAAAAGAGCAAAACAAGAAGUAAAUCCACUGAAGAGAUACAUACUGAACAUGGUGUUGAAGGGUCUUCAAGUAAUGUUCUGGAAGAAGAUAAUAUGAAAGGUUCUCAAAAGAGCAAAACAAGAAGUAAAUCCACUGAAGAGAUACAUACUGAACAUGGUGUUGAAGGGUCUUCAAGUAAUGUUCUGGAAGAAGAUAAUACGGAUAAGACAUCAAAACUUGCUGCUCAUCAAGAUGGAGGAGAUAGCUCUUCUGAAAGUGAGAGUGAAACACAUGGAGAUAUUGCUAGAGAGAAGCACAAGAGGAAAGGUUCUCAAAAGAGCAAAACAAGAAGUAAAUCCACUGAAGAGAUACAUACUGAACAUGGUGUUGAAGGGUCUUCAAGUAAUGUUCUGGAAGAAGAUAAUAUGUAA